UCUCCGCACUGGGCAAUCUCUUUGGGUCAACAACCAAAACCCCAGAAGAGAAAUAGUUAUUAUAACAAGAAAAAAAAAAAAAAAAAAUACCCACAACAAAACUGGAGGAAAGUUUCAGAAGAUAAUGCAAGGUUCUGUAGCAGCUGAACCAGAGUUAGCAGAGGAAGAGGAAGCAAAGCUCAAGCUCCUCUUCUCCAAUGGCAUAUACUAAGCUCCACCUCUCAACCCUCUACUUCUUCUUGGUCAUCCUCACUCUACUACUCUCCACAUCCUCAAAAGCUCAAUCUCCGCAAAUUCAGGACGAAGACAGAGAGCCAUUUGUUGGAGUGAACAUAGGCACCGACGUUUCGAAUCUCCUCUCCCCAUCCGACCUCGUUUCGUUUCUCCAACUCCAGAAAAUCACCCACAUCCGUCUCUACGAUGCCGACCCCGACAUUCUCAAAGCCUUGGCCAAAACCAAGAUCCGGGUCAUCAUCAGCGUACCCAAUAACCAGCUCAUCGCAAUUGGGUCCUCCAACACCACCGCCGCUUCCUGGGUCGGUCGAAACGUCGUCGCUUACUACCCACAAACCCUAAUCACGGGCAUUGCGGUUGGGGAUGAAGUCCUCACCACAGUGCCCUCUUCAGCUCCUCUUCUUGUUCCUGCAAUUGAGUCCCUUUACAGUGCUCUAGUGGCUUCAAAUUUACACACCAAGGUCAAGAUUUCGACUCCGAAUGCGGCCUCUAUUAUUCUCGACCCUUUCCCACCUUCUCAGGCCUUCUUCAAUCAGAGCUUGAGUGACAUUGUGCUGCCCUUGCUUCGGUUCUUGUCGAGAACCGGGUCUCCCUUGAUGAUGAAUCUGUAUCCUUACUAUGUGUUUAUGCAGAACAAAGGUGUGGUGCCUCUGGAUAAUGCCCUGUUCAAGCCUUUGACGCCCUCCAAAGAAAUGGUGGAUCCCAAUACUCUGCUUCAUUAUACGAAUGUGUUGGAUGCUAUGAUUGAUGCUGCUUAUUUUUCGAUGAAGAAUUUGAAUGUGACUGAUGUUAUGGUGCUUGUUACCGAGAGUGGUUGGCCUUCAAAAGCUGAUGCUAAGGAGCCUUAUGCUACUAUUGACAAUGCGGAUACUUACAAUUCGAAUUUGAUUAAGCAUGUUUUUGAUCGUAGUGGGACUCCUUUGCAUCCUGAGACCACCUCGAGUGUGUUCCUUUAUGAGUUGUUCAAUGAAGAUUUGAGGUCUCCGCCGGUUUCUGAGGCCAAUUGGGGCUUGUUUUAUGGCAAUUCGAGCGCAGUGUAUUUGCUUCAUGUUUCGGGGAGUGGGACUUUUUUGGCUAAUGAUACAACAAACCAGACAUUUUGCAUUGCCAUGGAUGGGGUUGAUGCAAAGACUUUGCAAGCAGCUUUGGAUUGGGCUUGUGGACCGGGGCGGUCUAAUUGCACAGAGAUUCAGCCUGGGGAGAGUUGUUACUCUCCCAACAAUGUGAAGAGCCAUGCUUCUUAUGCUUUUGAUAGCUAUUACCAGAAGCAAGGAAAGGCUGCUGGGUCUUGUGAUUUCAAAGGUGUAGCCACCAUUACCACCACUGACCCAAGUAAAGGGAGCUGUAUAUUUCCUGGAAGUAAACAAGUGAGCAAUAUAACAAAGCAGGUGGUGAAUUCAAGUCAUGCAAGUGGUGCAGCAGAGAGGUUAAAAUUCAUUGGCUUCAGCAGUAAAAGACCAAGUGCAAUUAGCUGGGUGUUAUAUGUAUUUUUUGUUGUAAUUUCCCCUAGUUUGUUAUUCUUUAGUCCCCGCUGAGGUAGAAAUAAAAUAAUUUUUCGAAUGUAUUAUUACCUUAUUGUAUUUGUUGAUAAUCGGUAAUAAUUUGCAUAGAGGGUGCUUGUUUCA